AGAAGAAGAACUGUUUAUAGUCACGAAACUGUAAAACAUUAUUUUUUAAAAAGGACAUUGGACUGAAGAUUCUACAUGAAACAUCAAACGUUGCUGGUCGACGUGAAGAGUAUAUUCGACAAGUAUAUAGGUCUAUUUAGCCGUCCACCCCCUCAGGAGAAAGCAACUCUGAAUAGGCCCAGGCCUACAUGCCCCUCUUAUCCAUUACCUUCUCAUACAUCCUCAGCUGAAGUCAACAAUAACAUCACUAUCGAAUAGAUUAAGGUAAAAAAUGUCUCAUUACGCAACCAGGAUGAUGUCUGGUACGGCAGUGGUCAGUCUCGCUUUGCUGAUGAUGAUGAUGACGGCGAAUUACGCCGAGGCGAAGCCAGCUUUGGGACCCUAUGAUUACGCCCCGAUGCCCUACGACUUCCGGUACGGAAUUCGAGACGAGUACACGGGGAACGACUUCGGCCACGAGGAGACUAGUAACGGUGACGCCGUUACGGGCCGUUAUUACGUCCUUCUCCCCGACGGCCGUCGGCAGGUCGUGUCGUACGUCGCCGACCACCACCGCGGCUACAUUGCGACGAUUACCUACGAGAACGUGGCCGUCCAUCCAAGCAAUCCCGUUCAGGGUACCAGCACGGCUGAGGAGGGAGGCUGAUCGUGCUUGUUGACUGUGAUACUCUUGUUUUAAUUUUCGUGUUUGUUUUCGAUUCCAUUUGUGUGUUUGUUUGUGAGUGUAUGUGAUGGCUUCAAGUAUCCUGCAGUCUCUUUAGAAGCGUGCUAUGUAAGUUGAAUAAAAUUAACCCAGCCGCCCUAUUCGAAAAAUUGGAGUUCAUUAUAUCAAGGUUCGUCGAAGAGACUGUGGAAAUUACAGGAGACUUUGUAAAGGGGCAGACCUUCUUGCUCUUUACCUAACUCUAGUCUGUUAUUUUUUUUAUAAAUACCAAUUUCCAAUAAUAUUUUCCCAGGUGAAAGUCUGGGAGAAUAUUCUCGCUGCUGUAUUUGAAGACAAUAUGUGUUUUUAUUUUUAGAUUUUAUACGACAUAUAUAUUUUAGAAUAAACAAUAUUAAUUUC